AUGGUACAUGUGUGUGUGUUCUACUUGGUUCUCCGAGCUCUUGAUACCGUCGAGGAUGACACAAGCAUACCAACUGAUGAAAAGCUUCCCAUCCUGAUAGCGUUUCACCAGCACAUAUACGAUACUGAAUGGCACUAUUCAUGCAAGUACCAAGAGGCAAUCGAGGAAAUUACUAAAAGAAUGGGUGCAGGAAUGGCUAAGUUUAUCUGCCAGGAGGUAGAAACGGUUGAUGACUACGAUGAGUACUGCCACUAUGUUGCUGGACUUGUGGGUUUAGGUCUGUCUAAACUCUUCCUUGCUUCAGGAUCUGAAGUUCUGACUCCAGAUUGGGAGCAUAUUUCCAAUUCAAUGGGUUUAUUUCUUCAGAAAACAAACAUUAUCAGAGACUAUCUCGAGGACAUUAAUGAGAUACCAAAAUCUCGCAUGUUUUGGCCUCGCAAGAUUUGGGGCAAAUAUGCUGGCAAGCUCGAGGACUUAAAAGACGAGGAGAACUCAACCAAAGCAGUGCACUGCUUGAAUGAUAUGGUCACCAAUGCAUUGACGCAUAUUGAAGACUGCCUGAAGUACAUGGCUGCGUUACGUGAUCCUUCCAUUUUUCGGUUCUGCGCCAUCCCUCAGAUCAUGGCGAUUGGAACACUUGCUUUAUGCUAUAACAAUGUACAAGUAUUUAGAGGCGUCGUGAAAAUGAGGCGAGGUUUAACUGCUAAAGUGAUCGAUCGCACAAAGACAAUGGCUGAUGUCUAUGGUGCAUUCUAUGAUUUUUCUUGCAUGCUUAUAACAAAGGUCGACAAGAACGAUCCAAAUGCCAGUAAGACACUAAACCGACUUGAAGCCGUUCAGAAAGUCUGCAAAGACACUGGAGUCCUUCAAAACAGAAAAUCGUAUGUUAACGACAAAGGACAAUUAAAUAUCUAUUACGUUACUCAUCAUCCUCUUUGUCUACCCGAAAAUGCAGAUCGUAAUGCUUGUGAUUCUGCUGGCCAUAGUCUUGGCAUAUCUCAGAGCAAACUGAGUGAUUUAUAG